AUGCAGAAAACGGCACAGUCGUGGUUCACGGGAGGCCCAAGCCUCAACGACCAAAAAUCCUCAUUCUCUUCCCCGUCUUUGCUGUCAGAUUGGAACGCUUACGCCGCUUCUCAGGAAUCCGAUCCCUCCGCUCUAGGUUUCGAUCUCGAAGCCGCCGUCCGUACCACCAGCGACAAAGUCUCCGGCACUUUCAACGUAGUUUCGAAAGGGGUCAGGGAUAUACCUGGGAACUUUCAUUCUGCCACUAGCAAUGUUCCUUCUGGACAAUCUUUAAUGUAUUUUGGUAUACUACUUGCUGCUGGAGUGUUCUUCGUCUUUAUUGCAUUCACCAUGUUCCUUCCUGUCAUGGUCUUGGUGCCUCAGAAAUUUGCAAUCUGCUUUACUAUUGGCUGUGCCUUAAUAGUUGCUUCAUUCUUUGCACUCAAAGGCCCUAAGAAUCAGCUCGCCCACAUGUCUUCUAAAGAGAGGCUCCCUUUCACAUUAGGGUUCAUUGGUACCAUGGUGGGAACUGUAUAUGUUUCUAUGGUGCUUCACAGUUACAUCCUUUCUGUGCUCUUCUCCUUGUUACAGGUCCUUGCUCUAUCGUACUAUGCCAUUUCCUAUUUCCCUGGAGGAUCUACUGGACUGAAGUUUCUUUCUUCAACUCUUACCUCUUCAACACUAAGAUGUUUUGGAAGGUGA